AAUCCAUCUAUAGACUGUCAACAACCUCUCAGUUAAUUAUCAACUAUAUGGCACCAGUUUAUGUUUGCUGAUGUUAGAUAUCAUAUACACACUCUAUAGAUUACUAACUCCUCCCCUUUUAUUUUUACAUGUAUUUUAUCAUAUACAGGCUAUAAUCUCAACCAUAGUUCUAUCACCAUUUCAAAGUCAGUUCAUGUGGAAUCUAUUAAAAUAUUUAAUAACAUGGUUUGAAAGGUAUUGAAACAUCAUUUGAUAUGUUGUUGAGAAUCAGUUGAUAGGCUGCUUCAUGACCAUUUAUAGCUUCCCACCAACAACCCCCUUUACAAUGUAUGUUCCAUGUAUAAUAUAAACAUGGCUAUGAAUAGCAAUGUAAAGAUUAAAUCGUAUAAUAACAGUAUAUCUAUGAACGGAAAUAGAAAUAAAUGUCAUAAAUGUUUUCUAAGAAAGAAGUCCAAUAUGCUACUCUAAGAAAGUGGUUUCUUAAUUCCCAGCUCUUAUCUCUGAAAACAGAAAAUGACCUGCCCACACUUCUUAGGGUGUUCAUGUAUGCUGGAGCAAGAAGAUAAAUGCAUUACACUGCGGUAUGUGCUGACAUGAGUCAAUAUUUUGGAGCAAUAGAAUAUAAGGUAUAACCAUGACAGUAUUCCUGUAUUUCUGCGUUCUACUCCAUUUCCUAAGCUGCUCUGAUGCUCAGAACAAUGGGACUAAUGAAAUUUAUGGCAAAGAUGUGACAGCAGUUCCAGAAACACUGCAAGCUACAACCACAGAGGUCUUUUUUGUUCAGAGUCAGAUUGAUAUCAUACCAAAAGGAGCAUUUUCUAAAAACCCUCAACUAGAAAAAAUUCAUUUUUGGGAAACACCUAUAUCUUCCAUAGAAGAAGGUGCAUUUGAAGGUUUAGAACAUCUGAAUACCCUUGAAAUUAAAGGUUCCCAAGUGACAUCUCUUCCUGUCGGUGUUUUUAAGAAUCUGACCAACCUUCGGAAAUUGAUUCUGAAAUCAAGCAAAAUUCAAAGCCUAGAAAAGGAACUGUUUCAUGAUACCAAGAAUCUUGAAAUACUCCGAUUGCAAGAUAACAAGAUUUCAACAAUUGAAGAGGGAAUAUUUGAUCACUUGGAGAAUCUCACAGAGCUUACUCUUGCAAAGAACAAUCUUACUUCCAUCUCAUCUUCCCUUUUUUCAAAACUCAAUAAGCUGAAAAUAUUUAAGUUGUAUGAGAACCAGCUGACAUCAAUGCCUGAUGGAAUUUUUAAUAAUAAAUCAAAUCUGCAGGAAAUAGCCAUUAAUACCAACGGAAUCACACGCAUACAACCAGAUUUGUUUCCAGAUAAAAAUAUCUUGACAACACUGUUAUUAGACAAUAAUCUCUUGACUGAACUUGCACCUGAGAUAUUUGUGGGUUUCUCCGCACUUAAAAAGUUAACACUGAAUCACAAUCAGCUCACCGCUCUCCCCCUUCCUCUUUUCAGAGAAACACAAAAUAUGGCUGAAUUAUUUCUGAACAACAACAAUCUAACAUUCUUACCUGCUGGGAUUUUUCAGUCACUGAAGAAGCUUAAGAAAUUACACCUGUCCUCGAAUCAGUUUUCAACUCUUUCUGGAGAGUUUUUUGAUGGACUGGAGAAACUUUCUGAGCUCAAUCUUCAGAAUAAUCUCAUUGAAUCACUGAAGUCUGAAAACUUCACAAACCUACAAUCUGUUUCUACUCUCAAACUGGAUAACAAUAAACUCAGAACAAUUCCAAGAGAUGUCUUUGAUUCUCUGCCAAAACUGAGGAAGGUAUAUUUGAACGACAAUCCAUGGCACUGUGACUGUAAUCUGCUGUCCAUGUACAAGUGGAUGAAGAAAAAUCCGGAAAAGAUAAAGUCUUCUUCUCCAGAGGUUUGUAAGUACCCUGAGGAUUUGAAAGGCCAAUCGAUCACAUCUUUAAAAGAAGACCAACUGAUAUGUCCCACAACUCCAACCAUUACAACUGUUCCAACAACUGCCCUAAUAAGAACAACUACUAAUUCUGUAGCCACUACAAGUACAGCAAUAACAACUUCACUGACAACAACACCACUCACCACUCCUUCCCUUGCCCCUACAUUAGAAGCCACUCAGCCUACAACUACACCAUCAGCCAUUUCUUCUUCUACAACCGCUCUUAUGACAACCACAGAAAUCCUUACAACAACUGCAAGUUCAACUCCAGUGCCCACCACUAUAACGACAACACUCACCACUCCUUCCCUUGCCCCUACAUUAGAAGCCACUCAGCCUACAACAACUACACCAUCAGCCAUUUCUUCUUCUACAACUGCUCUUAUGACAACCACAGAAAUCCUUACAACAAUUGCAAGUUCAACUCCAGUACCCACCACUAUAACGACAACACUCACCACUCCUUCCCUUGCCCCUACAUUAGAAGCCACUCAGCCUACAACUACACCAUCAGCCAUUUCUUCUUCUACAACCGCUCUUAUGACAACCACAGAAAUCCUUACAUCAACUGCAAGUUCAACUCCAGUGCCCACCACUAUAACGACAACACUCACCACUCCUUCCCUUGCCCCUACAUUAGAAGCCACUCAGCCUACAACUACACCAUCAGCCAUUUCUUCUUCUACAACCACUCUUAUGACAACCACAGAAAUCCUUACAUCAACUGCAAGUUCAACUCCAGUGCCCACCACUAUAACAACAACCACACCACCAACUACUUCAAUCACAGAAGAAACCACUACAUCUACAGCUUUAACAACCUCAUUUACAACAGUUACCGGUCCGGAGGCCACAACUACUACACUCCGUACUACACUCACAACAGGAAAAACAACACCAGCCUCAACCACACUAAGGAAUUUUGCAUGUACUAGUUUCUCCAUCUCUCAAAAUCUAUCUUCUGGCAUGUUUUCCUCCUCACCAGCAGACAGAGCAUCAUCAUGUAAGGUCUUGAUGAUUUUCUACACAACAAUGUUGGUACUAGAGAUCUGCUAUACAGUGGUGCUCGCCAAGGUCACAUACUCACUGUAUUGUUUGUUCCAGGAAAGAGAAAAGCUUUAUUGUAAUGUCAACCUCAUACGCUUCUCCUACACUAAAUCUGUUACACUCAGACCACUCCAAGAAACUGAGACUGUGGCUCUAUGAGACUGUGGUUGCAUACGUAUUCACUGGCUUGGACCUUUCCACAUUUUGUAGUGUUACAGCCUCAAAAUUCAUCUAAUUGGUAUUAUAUGGGGGUGGGUCAAUAUAGUUUGUGAGAAAAAAAAAAGUUGUCACCAGGGAACUAUCAAAAAAAAAAAAAAGUUUGAUAAAAGUUUGAUAAAACUUCAAUUCUUUUUUUUUUUUUUUGAAUUAUCAGCUUCACUGUGGGGAUGGUGUUCUCAUGGUGAUGAUGUUUUUUUUGUUUUGUUUUUUUCCCAUAAAGCCCAGCUUUGUAGAGUGUUGAGGCUAUGGUGCUGUGAACAGCUUCUUCCCUCUGAGCUGUGGAAUUCUCAAUUUCCUUCAGAGUUAUCUUUUGCCUCUUGUUUGUCAUAUUUUGCAUUUUUUUAUUUGUAAUUAUGUGAAAAAUAUUUGAAUGUUUGAAAAUAUUUGAAACAUGUGCUUUCAGAUUAAAACCAAUGAAUAACCUAA